AUGGUGGAGAUAGAUGAGACAAGCUGGCAUAAGUGCCUGAGGAUUGUUCUGGAACUGCUGGAAUCCAAUAUCAAGAAGGCUAAGGCUGCUGCCAAAGCUGGUGCACAAGUUGUGGCUGAGACCAAUCCACUGAUGCCCAUGGAUGUGGAUACCCAGCCCUCUGUUCCUGCAACUUCCAAGCGUCCAGCUGCAGAUUUGUCACCCUGGUAUCCAGGCAAUUGCAAAAACACGAACAACCCAAAAUCCCCCAGUCAGGUCCCAAAAAUGCUGGCUCUUGCCAUCCCUCUGGUCAGUCUUCCAGCUGCAACAGACCCAAAGGAAAGGAAAAAGACCAGGCUGUCAGUCUGCAGUGACACCAGGAUCUGA